AAGACGAAAACCGAAGAUUAGCCAAACACUACGCUCUUACCUUCAGAACUGACGUUAACGUCCGAAAUCUACAAGAAGCCAGUUCAACCGCCUCACCAUUACCCACUACAGAACUCACACCCCAAAGACAGGAAGGACUUGAAGAACUCCCAAGAAACCUUAAACGAAUACACAACAGCGAGAGGAAACCGAACCCAUUUAUCAACAAGAAGAACCAGUGA